AUGUACGCGCUGGCGCGGUUCGACCCGGCCGAGACGGCCGACGCCGACCUGCUCAUCCUCGACGAGACGGUCAACGACAUUUUUACGAAUAAGGAGGAGAGCCGGAACUAUCACCCAUACGCGCGCAUUCGCGGCGCCGUGGAACUGCUCGUGCGGCGCAUCUUCCAGACGGCCGCAAAGGCGCCGCCGGCGCUCCUCCUCCUCAGCACCAUCGUGGCCGCGCCGCCCACGGACUACAGUAACGCAGCAUCAAAUCUCGAGCAGGCGCUUCCAAUCUUAGAGCGAUCACACAAUGAUCUCAGACGCCCGGCAAGGCGAACCCACCAGCGAAAUGCGCGCAUCGCCGUUUUGGCUUUCAUGGCACUUUUAAGCUUGGGAAAAGUGCUACGAAUGAAUUUCACCUCGAAGGCGGGCAACUGGGGACAAUGCGUCUCCGAACUCCUCUAUUGUAUGACUUGGUAUCAGAAUCUGAAAUCGGGUCCGCUCGACUACUGGGCACAGGACAACACAAACUCCACCACCAGGCACGGCCACUUCGAGACAAUCACCAACACCGCAGCCUGA